AUGUUUACAAUGAAAGUCACCGGAUCUGUACAAGCAGCAUUGUGUAAUCGGUUGCAGGAUUUAUAUUGUAAAGGCAUACCUUUUCUAUUAUUAAGUCAAACCAUUAGACCUUAUCUCAGUCAACCCAUUUUAUACAGUUCAUUGAGUGCUUGUACAGACGAUAGCCGUAUAAAAACGAGCACAGAAUUAGAUAUCAGCUUCUUUAAGGAAAUACAGCUGUUAGAAUGUUACCGGAGCGUUGAGGACUUUCCAUUUUGCAUGAAUAAAGUUGAGAGAUUGAUGAGACCGAAGCUGACAUCGCACCAGGUUGUUACAUUACAAUGCAUGACAUCAAGUUUAUUAAGGAACUCUUCACUUUCGAUACAGAACGAUAUAGACCCAAAUAAAAAUCGCGCGGUUUAUUGCAAUAUCUAUAAAGUAACAGCUAUGUUAAAACUGCCAUGUACAACAGGUUUUGUGUCAGACAUUCUGUACCUUGCUAUGUAUUUCUACAGAACUCGUAGAUAUGAACUCUCCCUCAAUUGCUUAAAGAAAGCACAGGAGAGAAUGUCAGCCCCUUUUAUUGUGUAUGAUAAAACUGUAGAUAUAGAUACGUAUGAAUACUACACGACGGGGAUGUCUCUGGAAAUGAAAAUCAAAAGAGCUGUAAUGAUUAACAUUCGUUUGAUAUUUAAGGUCAUUUACAUUGACGAACUAGAGUUAGAGCAGAAAAUUAUUAGAAAGAAUAGAACACGUGUAUUAUUUGUCCCACCUUUCGUGAUUUUACACAUGUUAUUUAUACUGAAUCACCACAGGCUGGGUGACACAGUCAGGUCAUUACAAUCUUUAAAUGAUCUACUGACACUGCUUCUCUAUGAUGAUGAUGAUUAUGUGUCAACUGCGGAGAGGGAUACUUCCUGUAAAAUACUGGGCAUCUGUCAACAAAUCACUGGAGAUUUUUCGGGAUCUCUACAGUCGUAUCAAAAUUCCUUUCCACAAAUUCCCUUUCACAGAAUCCAGGACGCGACUCAUUUAAGAUUGAAUAUGCUUCCCCGUGGAACAAUAUUAUAUCAUUGUGCUUAA